AUGCGCCCGGCUCGCCCGGCUGCCCUCCCCUGGGCCAGUCCGCCCCUCCUCCGGUUUAGGAGACGACCCGUCAUUUGUGCUCCAAUCAAGUAUCUAUUUGGUGUAUGUUUGACGGCACUGGUGAUAGCUCUUAUCAUUGUCUUUCUGCCCUUAAUACUCUUAGUACGAUUGGGGUAUUUUGUGGCAAAACGACGUCAACGCGAUCAUCGAGCCUGUUCAUUGAGACACUGUGAUUUACAUUGGCCAACAAUCGGCACUAGUCCAGGAAGAGCGAUCAUCACUCUUCACAAAGAAACUGAUGCAAAUGCUGUUGCUCAUAAGAUGUGCCGAGUACUUGGCAAUCGACCGACUGAAUGUUGUAUUUCAAAAGGACCACCGACUUCACCUGCUCGAGAUGCUGUUGUGUUAUGGGAUCAAAGCAGAACGAGAGUUCAAUGCGCUGAGGAGCUGAAAGCGGUUCUGAAUGAGCCGCACGGACUUCCACUAAAUGAUUGUUCUUGCGUUGUUGUGCCCGGAUUUCUUUCAGCUUCUGAGAGUUGCUCGGGACAAUCUGUUCUCGUCUUUUCACUCCAGCCACGAACACAUCCCUUUUGUUUACCUCGACUUUUAGCUCUUUACUCGGAAUCUCAACUAGUUUUUGAGGUAGAGCCAAGACUUCCAAAGCCUUUCAUCUCAACAACACAUCCGAGAUUGAAUGUUCCUCUUUUUAUUUGCCAUGGUUUUUAUCAAACAAUUCAGUUGGUAUGCCGCGGACCACUUUCAUUGGUCUCCCAUGCAUUCAAAAGAGAGCAUCCAGUCUGGAAGGCGAUGACCACCGACUCUAGAUCACUGAAAUCCGUCUCUAUAACUAAAAAUCGAAAACCUCCAUCAAUGGCAGCAACUGAAGACGAUUCGACUCUGAUGUCUUCAACAGCGCUCGAGGAAGUCGUUGUCUCUCCCAAAACAGAUCCAAAUCAUAAAAUCAGCAAUAUGUCAGUCUCUUCAUCAUCUCGUUGGGUGACAUGGACAAAAGUGGGUCAUGCUGAGCACCUAUUACGAGCCGAGCGUCUCCUCCGUGCGGCAACAGUCGAAUUGCUCACAGCACUCGUUACCGGCGCCCUCAGGCAACAUUUCAGAGAUCAAGGAAUCCGACAUCCACCAGAUGUUGGCGCCUCGUUGUGCGUAUCAUGCCGCGACUUUGUACCGGUAGAAGCAGCUCGAUUGUGUGAAGCAAUCUUGCUUCCGCUUCGUUUACCCACAUCAGUCGAAGGCGCUGUGCCCCGAGCGUGGGCUGUGCAAAGACGAAUGACAAAGGUGCUCGACGGGGUGCUUCCAAAUGCGCUCAAAAUUUCUCAAUUCCUAGGUUCUCUAUUGUUACCUUCGAAUCUAGCGGAGAAAUUCUCGAAUGCUUUGUAUGGCGAUAAUACGGUUCAGAUAUCGUUUUUACGAGCUGGAGGCGAGCUUUCGUUAGACGGAAUCCGUAUACAAUCGAUGCUCAUGUUUCCUGCGGUUAAAGAAUCGGUGCUAGCCUCAUUCUGUUUUGUACAAUGUGGUUCCGAGAUGAUGCUUUCGUUGUCUCUCGACAAAAACACCUUCCCGAAUCCCUCAACGAUAUUAGCAAAUUUUAGAAUUGAAGUGGAGCACUUGAUUGACCAACUUUCUACUCGUUUACUAACUUUGUCCCAAAGCUCAUUUACAGAAAGGAUUCCAUUCCUCAGAAUGGAUCCCGACGCUGAAGAGUAUUGUCGAGAUAGCGAAUCUUUUGCAAGAGCUCAUCCAAUGAUCGAAAAUCGCGUGGUUUCGAAAGCUACAAAAGUGUCUAUCGAAAAAGAAGAGAGUGACUAUACGCUCGAAGAAUUGCAGCAUUUGCUUACCACCGUGCAAGAUGAAUUGGAUACGAUGAAAGCAAAUCCUCAAGGAGAUCGUGCUGAAUAUAUUCGCAAGCUAACAGAGCUUGAAAAUCGAAUGCAGCGCUUUCAUGAGUGUACUAUGAAGAAGCUCGGUUCCGGAAUCACCGAUAUGGUGCACAAGGACGCUUCAUUAGCAAACAAUGCAGUCACCGAACUACUCGCUCCUUAUCGACAGGAGCCAGGAAUGACGGGCCGGAGAUUCUCGCGUGAAUACAUUUUGGUCGACAGUGGCAGCAGCAAUAGUUCUCGAAAAAACUCGAGGCAUUCAUUU